AUGCCAUCUAGCAGCAAUCGGACGAGGGCAUCGGAGAGGCUUAAAUGUCGUAAGGCCCUGGCGGAUCAUAUCUACCAACGUCUUGGCAAAAGGAUCGAGCCAAGCAUGGUCCGACUGCAGCCCCGCCCCCAGGAUCCUUACCGAUGGGAUGUUUCCGAGGCAUUGCGCGCGACUUUCCGGACGAACCUUAGCAGCGGAAGUGUCGGCCAAUUCCGCAAGAUUCGUGCAGCUUUGGAAGACGGAGAUCUCAUCGAGGCUGUGCCGCCACAUGCUCUCGAGACUCCAGAAAGCACACCGGCUCUACCGUUUGCGGACUCGCCGGAAAGCAGUACCUUUGUCUCAAUCAAUAGUGCGCAUUGCGAAACGAUCCCAGGGGAAAGCUUCACUACCACGAUCCGCAGACUUCAGCAAGAAAAGGAGGCUCUGAGCGUUGAGUUGGAUGUAACCACCGCGUCUCGUGCACGUGAAUUGGCUGAGGCGCAAGGAAACUGGGAUGCAGAGCGUCAUGCUCUACAUGAGGAGAUCAGUCGAUGGAAAUCGUGUUCUACUUCUCUUCACACCCACAUCUGCCAGGCACUGGAGUCGCUUAGUCAGGUUCACAAUCAGGUGUUCAAAGUUGAGGGAGAGGUGCUUUGA